UACUGAAUGCGAGAAAAAUUGGACUUCAUUGCACAGAACUUACUUUCCUUCACUUCAAGAUUCUACAUAACAGUUCCCAAGUUCAGCUGUCCAGACAUUCCAGUGUCAGGGUCCUUGAGACUUGUAGUCUAUCCAGGUGGAUGACCUAUUGCCCAGUGAUUACUGCACACAGUGCAUCAUGAGCAGUGAAGUAAAAUCAGGUCAUUUUGGAAAAGAAGCCACACUGCUUGUCUGCUACACAAGAUUACUCUGUGUUUGCCUUUGAGUCUUUACACUUCCUUCUUCUCAAACCACUUUUUACUGACUUACUAAUUCUGACUGACUUACUGCGUUGUUCUCCUGGGGACUUUUCUUAAUGCCUUCCCUAUUCAUUUUGUCCCUUUUCCUAUGUGUAGUUAGGGAAAAUAUGCAGGUAUUCCUGUCAUUCCUGACUGGGGCAGCUUUACCCAGGGAGAGGAGAAUAAGCAGUGGGGUUCUGAAAACCGGUUGUGGGAAAAAAUGGGAGUCUUGCAGUAGCAGCACCCAGAUAGCACUUGGGCAGUGGCAACUGAGUGCGUAAGACCUUUACCUCUAACCUAGCACUUGACUGAUGGGUCCUUACCCUCUCAGCCCAUUACCCUCUACCGCAAAUGCCUACACCUGAGGCUCUGAGCUAAUCUUUUAAAUUUUUUUCAGUUCAGUAAGGCUUUCCCCUUUUUUCCUGUUGGUUGUUUGAAGUCAAAUUCAAAAUGAAUAAGAGAGGGAAGUACACAACCCUGAAUUUGGAGGAGAAAAUGAAAGUUCUAAGCAGGAUUGAAGCUGGACGAUCUCUUAAAAGUGUAAUGGAUGAAUUUGGUAUCAGUAAGUCAACAUUUUAUGACAUUAAGAAGAACAAAAAAUUGAUUUUAGACUUUGUACUAAAGCAGGACAUGCCAUUAGUAGGGGCUGAGAAGAGAAAGAGGACAACAGGAGCCAAAUAUGGUGACGUAGACUACGCGGUUUACAUGUGGUACCAACAGAAACGCUCAGCUGGUCUUCCUGUUAGAGGGGUGGAGCUUCAGGCUGCUGCAGAGAGAUUUGCACGGUGUUUUGGGCGAACAGACUUCAAAGCUAGCACUGGUUGGCUCUUUAGAUUUCGAAACAGGCAUGCAAUUGGGAACCGAAAAGUAUGUGGGGAACAAGUCCUAAGUUCAGCUUUAGAAAAUGUUGAGCCAUUUCGACAAAAACUGUCUAUGAUAAUUAAAGAGGAGAAACUGAAUCUAGCUCAGCUAUACAGUGGGGACGAGACUGACCUCUUUUGGAAGUCAAUGCCAGAAAACACUCAGGCAAGUAGAAAAGAUAUCUGCAUGCCAGGAAGGAAAAUAAACAAAGAACGGUUGUCUGCCCUUCUAUGUGCAAAUGCAGAUGGCACUCAUAAGUUAAAAUCAAUCAUUAUUGGAAAAUCCAAGCUGCCCAAAAAUGUGAAAGAGGACACAACUACAUUACCCGUGAUAUAUAAACCUAGUAAAGAUGUUUGGUUCACUAGAGAAUUGUUUUCAGAGUGGUUCUUUCAAAACUUUGUUCCCGAGGUCCGGCAAUUUCAACUUAAUGUUUUACGAUUCCAUGAAGAGGAUAUCAGGGCAUUGUUACUUCUGGACGAUUCCCCAAUUCACCCUUCAGCUGAGUCACUAACCAGUGAGGAUGGGCGAAUAAAAUGCAUGUUCUUUCCCCAUGACACUUCAACUUGGAUUCAGCCAAUGAAUCAAGGCGUGAUCUUAAGCUGCAAACGACUUUAUAGGUGGAAGCAACUUGAAGAGAGCCUUGUAAUUUUUGGAGAAAGUGAUGAUGAGCAAGAUAAAGGAGAAAAGGGACUUUCCAAGAUUAAAACAUAUACUAUAAAAAGUGCAGUUUUUAACUGGGCAAGAAGUUGGGAUGAAGUAAAACAAAUAACCAUAUCAAGUGCAUGGGAAAAUCUUCUUUAUAAAAAGGAAUCUGAUUGUGAUUUUCAAGGCUCAGAAGAAGAUGGAGAUUAUAGAGAAAUUCUUGAAAAGUGCAGAGAGUUGGAAACCAAGGUGGAUGAUGAUAGGGUGUGGUUAAAUGGAGAUGAUGGUGAAAAGGGCUGUGCCCUAAAACCAAAAGGUGAGAGUACAAAGGAAGUGGCCCACAAAGGAAGAGCUGAAAAGCAGACUGCUGAAUUUAACUUAUCUGCUGUGAGGGAGAGUUUGGACUACCUUCUUAAUUUUGUUGAUGCCACACCUGAAUUUCAAAGGUUCUGUUUUACACUGAAAGAGAUGCAACAAGAAGUAGUUAAGAAACAGUUCCAGAGUAAAAUCCAUUCGAGGAUUGGUAGUCUUUUGAAACCUAGGCUUAAUAAUAUGAAAGAUGCCUUCAAUACGCCUUCCACUUCUGGUUCUAGUGAUUAGGUUAUUUGUUUAAAGAUUUCCCUAGUUAUAUAUGAUGUAGACUUA